AUGGCAAUAAAGAAUUUUACGUGGAUGGCGGCGAUCGCCAUCGUGGUGAUACUGGUGGAGCCACUAGUAUUUGUAUUAGCCCAAAUAACUUCGUCACUCUCUAGCGGCGAGUCGUUGACCAUCACUGAAAUCACCUAUGACAACAACUGUGAAAAUAGCCCUGAACUGGUCGCACCGCUAGAGAGUGACAUGUUAAAAGGCAAAGACAACAUCGUUUCGGCCGAGGAGGAAUUGAGCCGGCAAAGGAAAUCGAAGAGCAGAACAGUUGUGAGCCGAACGGUGAGCUGGUACAGGCAGAAGCUGCAUGCGGGAAAGUGA